CUAGAAUAUCGGUGUACCUAGCCAUUUAAAUUUUUAUAUAAAAUUUGAUUGACACAACACUUUCUAAGUUUAUAAAUUGUACUAAAAAUUUCAUAAUUAUAAUAAUUAUCUUAACAUUAGUGACACGGUAACGAUUGGCACGCAGUGGCUGUGACGUUCCCUGGCAAACAUGGCGCGUUGCACUCCGGACAUCGGUAAAUAUUGCAUCGAUUUUCGAAAAUGUCAAACGACGAGUCGCUGACAGCGUGCAAGGAGGAGAAGGAAGAUAAGACGGAUCCGGGCGCUAGUAGACACGGGAACUUCAUGAAUUAUUACCAAUUCCAUCCUGCGGAAGAGCGCGUGCGACAACUUCCGCGUGGCGUGUGGCGGCCGGCCCAUCCGGACCGGAAAUACGUAGGCCUAGACGUCGGUUGUAACGCGGGGGAUUUAACGUUCGUGUUGCACGAUUUCCUCGUGAACGCCGUAUCGACCGAUCGAGCGGAGAUCUCGUUGCUCGGCGUGGAUCUCGAUCCGAUACUGAUCGAACGAGCACGAGAACGGAACCCACGACCGGAUCAGAUCAUUUUCGAGUGCCUCGAUUUCGUUACCGACGAUCGCAACCAUAUUUUCGAGGGCUACCUUCGCCGUUUCGAGAAGUCACGCUUCGACGUGGUAUUCUGUUUCUCCGUGACGAUGUGGAUCCAUUUGAAUCACGGGGACAAAGGACUGGCGGAAUUUCUACGAAAAGCUUGCUCCCUCGCGCGGAUGGUCGUGAUCGAGCCUCAACUUUGGAAAUGUUACAGAAACGCGUCGAGACGAUUGAGGCGAUCGAAAGGCGAGGGAUUCCCCUUAUUGAAGACUCUGGAGCUCACUGGCGACCCAGCAGCGCAUAUCGAACGUAUAUUGACGAAUAUUUGUAACUUUCGACGAGUGGCCGUCACCGCCGACAACGAGUGGAAGCGGAGACUAUUAAUUUAUGAGAGGACGUGAGCAACCGCUCUCAAGAUUGAUGCAUUUCCGUAAGUUAAUCGACGUCAAACGAAUGAAUGGAGAUCUUUUUAUGCGGCCACCGCUGAGAGAAUAUUAAUGCCAUCGUUAGAACGUGUAGUCCCUGAAAGCAUGCCACGGACAAAGGCUACGUAUACAGGGUGUAAACGCUUACCGGCUGAGAGCCUAUCAAUCAACUGUUUUACCGGCCAACGUUUACCGACCGAUAGCCUAUCAAUCAACUGUUUUACCGGCCAACGUUUACCGACCGAUAGCCGAUUAAUCAACCGCUACCGGUCGGUAAAGUGUUAAGGUACCAUUUUAAACUGGUCUUCUCAACAUUAAUUAAUAAAUAAUAUCUGCAAAAUAGAUCCUUCAGAAGCUUUGUAAGAACUAGAAAUAAGCUAAUUUAUCAAAUGGUUGAAUAAGGAAAUAAAAAUACAAAGACUUGGUAUAAUGGAUAGUAUGAAGUUUCACGAGUGUAAAAGUCAUGCUCAAACAUGUUAACACUUUACCGACCGAUAGCCUAUCAAUCAACUGUUUUACCGACCAACGCUUACCGACCGAUAGCCUAUCAAUCAACUGUUUUACCGGCCAACGUUUACCGACC